UUAUAAUUUUGCAAAAUGUCUGACGCAAAGGUUGUUGCUGCCGCUCCCGCUGUCGAGGAGCCCGUUGCUGCCGCUCCGGCUGCCGAGGCCACCGAGGCCGCUGCUGCUGCCGAAGUCGAGGCCCCCAAGGCGGAGGAGGAGGCUGCCCCUGCCGCUGCCACCGAGGAGGCUAAGGCUGAAGAGACGAAGGCUGAGGAGACUGCCGCCAAGGAGGAGGAUGCCCCUGCUGCCGCUGAGGAGGCCGCCGCCGCCGAGGAGACCCCUGCCGAGCCCAAGGCCUCGGUUGCCUCCAAGGUCAAGCGCCGCUCGACGCUGGUCCGGAACAAGGUUGGCGGAUUCUUCUCGAGCCUCAGGUCGCUGCUGCCCAAGCCCAAGCCCAAGAAGGAGGCUGCCCCUGCUGCCGAGGAGACCACCGCUGAGGAGGCCCCUGCUGCUGCUGAGGAGACCCCUGCCAAGGAGGAGGCCGAGGCUCCCAAGGCCGAGGAGGAGGCUGCCGCUGCCGCCCCUGCUGCCGAGGAGUCGACGGAUUCGGCUGUUGCCGUGAAGGAGGAGAAGGUCGAGGAGGCCGCGAAGCCCGCUGCCGAGCCCGCUGCGGCUCCUGUGGCCACGGCUUCUGCCUAAGGCACUGAGCUAAAGAAGACACAAGGGCAAAUGCCGCUCACGAGAACACUAAAUGUCGGCAGGAUCGCAGCCUGGCACGUCUGUCGGUAAUUGGCAGCUGACCUUGUUCCCUUCUGCCACGAAAUCCCCGUGUAUUCUUUUCUGCUGCGAGUUCCGCCCUGCCCCACCCGCGGAGCUCCCAAUGCUGCCUGUC